AACAAUGCAAAUUGCGUUGCCAGUGAAAAAUAAAAGAUAAUAAACAAAAGUAAAGAAAUAAAAAUUAUUAUUAAAUGUCUGUAACAGUGCUUGUUCUUUGUUGACAAAUAAAUACAAAAUAAUAAAAUGAGUUCACUUUUUCGAAGUAUAAAUAAUUAUUCCGUGAAGCGUGAAAAUGCCAUCAAGGAAGCCCUAAUCAAUACAUUAAGUGAAAAUUCCCGUGAAAUAGAAUAUGAAGCAAAACAAAGUGGGCGUGAACAACUGGAUCUUUGCGAAUGUACAAGUGCGCUGUGCAUGACGCUGGAAGCAAUUUUCUUGCACGGCCUUAAAGAUUCUUUUCUUUGGCAAACAAUAACUGUUAUAGCCGGCGAUGUAGAAAGACGACCGGAACCAAGUUUUUGGUCACCCAUAAUGGUUUUUAUGCAUAAGCAGGUUAUAAAACAGAUACAAAGUUUAUCACAGAUUACCUCUGAGAUAGGACAAUGUCGUGCAUGGAUACGUUUAUCACUUAAUGAUUCACUUUUCUCUUCAUACUUAAAUAUAAUGCGUAAAAAUACAAAAGCUCUUAGUCCUUAUUAUAAAAAGUAUGCUUUGCUUAAGGACAGUGAAGGACUGGAAAUGGCUGCAAAAUUAAUGGAAGGCAUCGAAGCUUACUUGCAGUUUGAUUUACCAACAAAUUCCAGUUUAUUAAAUAAUUGGCCUGAUUAUUCUCUUCAAUUGUCGGGAUUGUGGACACCGGCACUUAAAUCAUGCCCGAUUAGUAGUGGCAUUGAUAUUGCAGGUUCACUUACUACUGAAACAAUGGCCAUACCAACACCCCAACCAUUACGUACCAACGAACUCUUUUCCGAAUCAAUUUCGAAUAGUCCAUUUUCACGUCCAUCCAAUUUUGGUGUGCUGGACAUAAAUCAACGUGAAAAUAUGGAUUUAUUUCUUCAAAAAAUUGAAGAAAUGGAUAUUAUAAGCGAGGAAGAUAUAGAAAAAGCACAAGCUGCGAAUAAUACCUCACCGAAUAAAAUAGCAAAUAAAAAAGAAUCAAACAAAAAAAGACGAAAACACUUAAAGGACAAUACCGAAUUAAAUGCAACUGAAGGUGCAACACAAACUAAUCCUUAUGAUUUAAGCAAUUAUCCACAUUCGACACAUAGUAAUUCUUUGACGAAUUUAAUGCAAACGUCGUGGUCCUCAGAUGCUAACAGUGAGAGUGCGCAUGCAUUAACAACUCCCACCGAUGAAACAGGACAUGGACGCUACGUACAACGUUCGGUUAGUAUGAGCAGUUCUACUAGUUCGUUGCGUUCACCAUUGGGAGAUCGUUGUAGUUAUAACGCACUUUUAAAGAAGCACGAACGAAAUCGUGACGUUGAUUGGAUGGAAGUGUGGGAGAAGUUUUUAAUACAAAACACCGCAAUGAUGACAAAUACAGAUGCGGAUGGCACACAGACAACAGAUACGCUUGAGAAUGAUCUAGAGAACUUCUCUAAUGAAAGUCAAGUGAACUCAGACUUUGAGAUAUUAUCCAAUUCAGCUAUUGAUAAAUUCGAUAUUGUGGAAUUACAAGAAAUGGUAGAACAAUUAUGCCAAUUGGCACGAGAGUCAGGCUUGGACGCACAAGGUUUUCUUUGUAAAUCUUGUCAGCACCCAUUGGGUAUUGGAUAUAAUAACCUAAGAGUUUGUGCUUUUAGUGGCAAUUACUUCUGUGAUGCUUGUAUGAAUGUAAAACCAAUGCUGAUACCAGCUAAAAUUAUUUACAAUUGGGACUUUCGUAAAUAUAAUGUCUCCAAACGUUCAGCAGAAUUUUUAACUGAAUUUCGUUAUCAGCCAUUUAUAGACCUUAAGUUGCUCAAUCCGCAUAUAUACCAUGCUGCUGAAGCUAUGGCUGAAUUGCAAUCACUUCGAAUACGUCUUAAUUUUAUACGUGCUUACCUUUACACUUGUUGUACUGCAAGUAUUGAUAAACUGCAACGUCAAUUUUUUGGUAAAGAUUAUUUAUACGAGCACAUACAUCAGUAUUCUAUUGAUGAUCUGGAAAUGAUACCACGUGGUACAUUACAUCAAAAUUUACAGAAGGCUUAUAAAAUUGGUGAAAGCCAUGUGCUGAAAUGUGGUUUAUGUAGCCUAAAAGGUUUUAUAUGUGAAAUCUGUAAUAGUCCUCGUGUUUUAUAUCCCUUUCAUAUUGACACCACCUACAGAUGCGAAAUGUGUGGUGCUGUGUUUCAUGCUCAUUGCCUUAACGAUAAGCAACCUUGUCCGAAGUGUGAACGCAAGAGAAAACGUGAAGAUUUACCAUUACUUGAGGCUGUCCAAAACUCAAUUGAAUAGUUUUUAGAUUGACGUAGACACAGAAACCAUCCAGUAGUAGUAGUGCCAUUCAGUGUUAGAAUUUUGUCCGUUUAUUGUGUUAUUAGUAGAGUAAGCUUAUUUGAGUGCAUUUUUACCUGAUAAUAUGGCUUUAAAGGAUUAUACAGUAUAUGUAAAAUUCUACACACGAUGCUAAAAUAUUGCCCAAAACUUUUUACAAAAGAAAGUCAAUUAAUUUUAUUUAAAGCUGUAAGUGUUGUAAGUUAGUUAAUCAAAUUAUUUUAACGUUUACCCCACAAAAAGUUCCAAAACUAUACUUAUUUAAUUAACCUCUUCAUUGGAAUGUUAGGCCGACAGGCUUUUAAUAUCCAUCGCCGAACUCUAUACAUUUACUAUACCGCUAUUAGUGUACAACGUUAAAGUUGUAAUGAUACUAGUGAUAGAUCUUCAAGAACUGUAAAGAAUAAUUAAAAACAUUCCCACACAAAAUAAAGUCCACCAUUAAAAAUCGUCUAUUUGCAAGAUGAUAUUACCAAAAACGUGCGGUGUUAGACGGCUCUUAGAUAUCCGUUGCCACUCUGACAAUUAGAAUUAUUGCGCAGAUAUUUUCAUGGUGAAAGAAACUACUCACAGCUAAUAAUUAUAUUUAAGUGAUAAUAAAUAUAUGAUAGGAUAAAAGAAUCUUAACGCCUUUAAGAUUGGCUGAAAGUAAUAUAUAUUUGAUAUUAAAAAUUCAACAACGUAAUGAAUGGGUAGAAAAGCAAAUCAAUUGAACUAUUGCUGUUGAGUUUAUGAUAUACGCCCAGACAUUAUAUGAAUCCAUACUACUUCAACCCUGUAAUUAGUAUUUCAAAUGCUUCUGAAGAUAUCUGUCGCAGAUCUGAUCAUAAAAAAGAAGAUAUUGCCCAUAUAUCAUCUUGUCAGAUCGUAGCCAAUGAAGAGUAUUUAAAUCGACAUGGUAAAUGCCGAUAAUGUAUUUAAAAAUGUUGAAGAAGUAUUGUCAACCAAUACAUAAAAAACGGUAUUAUUUAUUUAACCAGAAACCAAUCCUGGAGAUUCGUAACGUUUUAAUUUAUCACAGUGGAAUCUUAAUCUUAACCAUUCUACAUCAACCUAAAGAAUAUAAUGGGCGGUGACACCAAAAACAGUACAGACGAAUAUUGAACAAAUUAAAUGUCUCGUAAUUAUAGCCAAUGCAUUAGAAAAAGCAGACUUAAUACAUAAAUAUUCGACUAUCAGACAAUUUUUAAGAAUUUACAAAAAAUAAUAUACUCCACUAUGUUAUUAUUAUUGUUAUUAAUGUUAAACAAUUUAAAACCUUGUAAUUGUG